CAUGCUCAGAAGAAGGCUGCUUUGGGUCCCUCGGGACCUUUCCUGAAAGGGAGAUCCCUGUUCACUAGAUGAGUUCCAGAACCAUUCAGUAAGGCUCUCAUUCAUCAGCUAACCUUCACCGCAGCACUAAUCAUACAAGAUGAGUGGCUUUCUGGCCUCCCUGGACCCCCGGCGGGUGCAGUGGGGAGCUGCCUGGCAUGCCAUGCACUCCAGGAUCCUGCGCACCAAACCUGUGGAGUCCAUGCUGGAGGGAACUGGGGGCACUACAGCACAUGGCACCAAGCUAGCCCAGGUGCUCACCACCAUGGACCUCAUCUCCCUCGGCGUCGGCAGUUGUGUGGGCACCGGCAUGUACGUGGUGUCUGGCCUGGUGGCCAAGGAAAUGGCAGGACCUGGGGUCAUCGUGUCUUUCAUCAUUGCCGCUGUGGCAUCCAUACUGUCAGGUGUCUGCUAUGCAGAAUUUGGAGUCCGGGUUCCCAAGACCACAGGGUCAGCCUACACCUACAGCUAUGUCACCGUGGGGGAAUUCGUGGCCUUCUUCAUUGGCUGGAACCUGAUCCUGGAGUACCUGAUUGGCACAGCAGCUGGCGCCAGCGCUCUGAGCAGCAUGUUUGACUCCCUAGCGAACCACACCAUUAGCCGCUGGAUGGUGGACACCGUGGGAACCCUCAACGGUCUGGGGAAAGGGGAGGAAUCCUACCCGGAUCUUCUGGCUCUGGUGAUCGCGGUCAUCGUGACCAUCAUCGUGGGUCUGGGUGUGAAGAACUCUGUGGGCUUCAACAACGUCCUCAAUGUGCUGAACCUAGCAGUGUGGGUGUUCAUCAUGAUCGCAGGCCUCUUCUUCAUCAACGGGAAGUACUGGGCUGAGGGCCAGUUCUUGCCCCAUGGCUGGUCAGGGGUGCUGCAGGGAGCAGCCACGUGUUUCUACGCUUUCAUUGGCUUUGAUAUCAUCGCCACCACUGGAGAGGAAGCCAAGAAUCCCAACACAUCGAUUCCCUAUGCAAUCACAGCCUCCUUGGUCAUCUGUCUGACAGCUUAUGUGUCUGUGAGCAUGAUCCUAACAUUGAUGGUGCCGUAUUAUGCCAUUGACACGGAGUCCCCACUCAUGGAGAUGUUUGUGGCUCACGGUUUCUACGCUGCGAAAUUUGUGGUGGCCAUUGGGUCGGUUGCAGGACUGACAGUCAGCCUACUGGGCUCCCUCUUUCCUAUGCCCAGGGUCAUUUAUGCCAUGGCUGGUGAUGGACUCCUUUUCAGGUUCCUGGCUCAUGUCAGCUCCUACACAGAGACUCCCGUGGUGGCCUGCAUCGUGUCGGGGUUCCUGGCAGCUCUGCUCUCGCUGUUGGUCAGCCUGAGGGACCUGAUAGAGAUGAUGUCCAUCGGCACACUCCUCGCCUACACGCUGGUUUCUGUGUGUGUCUUGCUCCUCCGUUACCAACCUGAGAGUGACAUUGAUGGUUUUGUCAAGUUCCUGUCUCAGGAGCACACCAAGAAGAAGGAGGGUGUUCUGGCUGAGUGUGAGAAGGAAGUAUGUUCUCCUAUGAGUGAAGGGGAUGAGUUUUCUGGCCCAGCCACCAACACAUGUGGGGCCAAGAACUUACCAUCCUUGGGAGACAAUGAAAUGCUCAUAGGGAAAUCAGACAAGUCAACCUAUAAUGUCAGCCACCCCAAUUACGGUACCGUGGACAUGACCACAGGCAUAGAAGCUGAUGAAUCGGAAAACAUUUAUUUGAUCAAAUUGAAGAAGCUGAUUGGGCCCCGUUACUACACCAUGAGAAUUCGACUGGGCCUUCCAGGCAAAAUGGACCGGCCCACGGCCACCACAGGGCACACGGUCACCACCUGCGUGCUCCUGCUCUUCAUCCUCAUGUUCAUCUUCUGCUCCUUCAUCAUCUUCGGUUCUGACUACAUUGCAGAGCAGACCUGGUGGGCCAUCCUUCUGGUUGUUCUGAUGGUGCUGCUAAUCAGCGCCCUGGUGUUUGUGAUCCUGCAGCAGCCAGAGAACCCCAAGAAGCUGCCCUACAUGGCCCCGUGCCUGCCCUUCGUGCCUGCCUUUGCCAUGCUGGUGAACAUCUAUCUCAUGCUAAAGCUCUCCACUAUCACAUGGAUCCGGUUUGCAGUCUGGUGCUUUGUGGGUAUGCUCAUCUAUUUUGGGUAUGGCAUCUGGAACAGCACCUUGGAGAUCAGCGCUCGAGAAGAGGCCCUGCACCAAAGCACGUACCAGAGCUACGCCGUGGAUGAUCCCUUCUCCGUGGAGGAGGGGUUCUCCUAUGCCACAGAGGGUGAGAGCCAGGACUGGGGAGGGCCGACCGAGGACAAAGGCUUCUAUUACCAACAGAUGUCAGAUGCGAAGGCCAACAGCCGGACAAGUAGCAAAGCGAAGAGCAAAAGCAAGCACAAACAGAACUCGGAGGCCCUGAUUGCAAAUGACGAGUUAGAUUACUCUCCAGAAUGAGGGGAAACACACAAGAGGGUGGAAAUGAUGGUGGUUGUUUUGCAGUAACUUAACCUGUGGGCUUUGAAGGCGAAAACUUUUUUGGCUCUCAUUUCACACACCCAGCCUCUCCCGAAAUCAGUCCCCGGUCAUAGCCUGUCAUUUGCGACUGUUUGCUGUUUGGGAUUGUUCUGUUGCAAGGUUUCACUCAAGUUCCAUAGCUGAUCCUCUGGUUUAAUAACAGUAAUGAUAAUAUACUAAGUAGGAGGCAAUGUGAAAAUUCCAUGUGAAGUGCAACCAUCAGAGCUGA